ACACUAGUCUAGUCUCUUAAACGAUCUGGUCACGACGCUUACGACAGAAGAUAUUCGAAUGGGAAUCAGCACCAUUACAUUAUCGGAUAUUAUACGGGAAGUGUGGUGCACCACACGAAGAACUAGUGUUUUGGAGGCUUCUGUAAUUUACUGAGACGUUUGUGGUAUUGAGUCUAAAGCUCUUUUGCUUCUCCAGUAAUCCAAGACCACGAGUGGAUUCACGCGGUUGAGUACUUAACAGCUCGACUAGUUUCUAUACACCUACCAUUGAGCAAGUCUUUUAACAUCACCGUAGUUUAUCUUUUAUAAGUAGCUGUGAGUUUUGUGGUUAAAUUUAUCUUAAAUUUAAAUGGUAAUUCAAAUGUUUUCACAUAUCGUACCGGAUAUAUAGUACAUAACGGAUCACUGGAAAUAUCGUCAAGUUUAAUGGCUGGUACUGACACACCAUCCUUGGGAUUAUCUUCAGCGGUUUCCUUACCCAUGAUCCUAUUUACCGAGUUAAAAGCUCAGCCAAAUAAUUAAGUCUGAUCUAAUUUAUUUUCAAGAACUUCACAAUUCAUAAAAGAUAUUUUGACGGUAAAAUUGACGGGAAUUUCUCGUCCACUAUCAAACGGACAUCUCAAUGACAGAAUAACUGGCACAAAAUGUUGCUGAGGUAACGCCGAGCGUCAGCGUGAAUGAAAUGAAAAGCGCCGACGCCGGCAGAAAAAUUUACGAUUGUCCAUCGCCAAGUAAUUGUCACCAUUUCUGAGGUCUAAACGUGAAAAAAAUAAAAGAAUAUAAUGCCUGGAUUCCCGAGAAGAAGAUCACUUUGGUUAAAAGCUGCUGUAGUAGGUGCCACUGUCUGGUUAACCGUUUGCUUUCUCUUAUACACUGAAGACCGAACAGCUCCAGACAUUCAGGGUCUAGCUCCGUCCGGCGUAGCCGCACCUCAGGUUGCUAAUGAGUUUGCUGGAGCAGUUGCUGUUUCUAAACAAGAAACAGUUGCUAAUGUACAGAAAGUCGAAAUAAACCAGGCUUCAGGACCAGAACAAGGGGUCGGUGUCCUGGCAGCACCAAAAGAACAAGAUCCAGGUGAAAUGGGUCGACCUGUAAUUCUUCCCGCAAAUCUCUCGUCAGAAGUAAAAAAACUCGUUGAUGAUGGGUGGAUGAAUAAUGCAUUUAAUCAAUACGUGAGCGAUCUUAUUUCGGUGCAUAGGUCUUUACCAGACCCACGUGAUGAAUGGUGCAAACAGCCUGGAAGAUACAGAGAAGAUUUACCACCCACCGCUGUUAUUAUUUGUUUCCACAAUGAAGCUUGGUCUGUGCUGCUCAGAACAGUUCAUUCUGUUUUAGACAGAUCACCAGAACAUCUUAUCCAAGAAAUUAUCCUUGUAGAUGAUUUCUCCGAUAUGCCUCAUUUAAAAAGGCAAUUAUUGGAUUACAUGAUGAAUUAUCCUAAAGUAAAAAUCAUCAGAGCUUCCAAAAGAGAAGGAUUAAUUCGUGCAAGACUUCUUGGAGCUGCGGCAGCAACUGCACCAGUACUAACCUAUCUAGAUAGUCAUUGUGAAUGUACAGAAGGAUGGUUGGAGCCUCUUUUAGAUCGAAUUGCUCGAGAUCCAACUACUGUCGUAUGUCCAGUGAUUGAUGUGAUUGAUGAUACGACAUUAGAGUACCACUGGAGAGAUUCUGGUGGUGUUAAUGUUGGUGGAUUUGAUUGGAAUUUACAGUUCAACUGGCAUGCGGUGCCGGAGCGUGAAAAGAAGAGGCAUAAAAAUCCUGCUGAGCCUGUUUGGUCACCUACUAUGGCAGGUGGUCUAUUUUCAAUCGACCGCGCCUUCUUCGAGAGACUAGGAACCUAUGACAGUGGUUUCGACAUCUGGGGAGGCGAGAAUCUCGAACUGUCAUUCAAAACUUGGAUGUGUGGAGGUACGUUGGAGAUAGUACCAUGCUCACACGUCGGUCACAUCUUUAGAAAACGUUCUCCAUACAAGUGGCGAAGUGGAGUGAACGUGCUCAAGAGAAAUAGCAUAAGAUUAAGUGAAGUAUGGCUGGACGAAUAUGCUCAAUACUACUAUCAACGAAUAGGUCAGGAUAAGGGAAAUUAUGGAGAUGUGUCAGAGCGCAAGGCUUUAAGGAAGAAACUUGGCUGCAAGUCUUUCAAGUGGUACUUAGACAAUGUGUAUCCUGAACUGUUUAUUCCAGGAGAAGCUGUCGCUUCAGGCGAGAUCCGAAAUCUUGGAGAGGGUGGUGGUACCUGUUUGGAUUCACCAGCUCGUAAGUCUGAUUUACACAAACGAGUCGGGUUAUAUCCAUGCCAUCGUCAAGGCGGCAAUCAGUAUUGGAUGCUAAGUAAAACUGGGGAAAUACGUCGUGAUGAAUCCUGCUUAGAUUACAGUGGAACUGAUGUUAUUUUAUAUCCUUGUCAUGGAAGUAAAGGAAAUCAACAAUGGAUUUAUAAUCCUCAGACGAAACAAAUCAGACAUGGAAGCAGUGAUAAAUGCAUGGCAAUAACGGCUAAUAAACAACGAAUAUUAAUGGAAGAGUGUUCGCCGACAGCAGUGAGACAAAAGUGGUCUCUUGAAAAUUAUGUUCCAUCAAAAUUGUGAUAUCGAGUAUCCUCGCAUCGCCAAUCUUCAAAUCACAUUUCUAAACGAAUAAGAUCGAGGAUCAUACAUCAUCGUUAUGGCCCAAAAAGUCACAUCGACUGAUAGCAUUUACAGAUGUUUAUAUCAUCAACAUUCCUCGUCUGAUUAUUAUAAUACCGUAAUUGUUAAAUAAAAUUAUAUAUAGAAAAAAAAAAUGAAUAGACUAUAUUAGCUUGUAUUUUGACAAUUUGAUUGACAUUUAGAAUUAUUAUUCGAUCAUUAAUAUAGGAAUUAUAAAUUUUCUGACUCAAUAAAAAUAUAAACUGAAUUUGAAAGCAAGUGAACUCCAGGCACGGCCUACUCAUGUACGCACAGAUGAAAGUUAUGUAAAUAUUAUAUUGAUAAACAACAAUAAGUCGUCUGAUAAAAAAAAAAUAUAACUUUAUUAAGUAGAUAAAAAAUAAUGAAUUUUUAGAACAAUUGAUAACCAGAAAGGCAAAUUUUUUCUAUUAAAGAAUUAUAGAUAAAUGAACUGUCGACUGUCAACCAGUUUUUAAUGUAAUUAUUAAUAUUUUAUUGUGCGCAUGUUUUUUCGUCAAGUAUCAGUAUAAACGUUUAUAGAUGCCGUAGUAAACCAUUUAAAUAACCAUAUCAUAUUAAGAAUUAUUUCAAUGACGGAAUUAUGCGCCUGGAAAGUUGCAAUUAUAAAAAUUACACUAUCAAAACAUUCGACGUUUUGUUUAUCUCGUUUAAUGCCUUUUUUAUUAUCAAACUGUGGUUAUUAUUAUGAAAUGCAUGUACUUGAAAAAAAUUUUUUUAAUAAACAUAAAUAGAUAAUCGAUAAAUAAUUAUUGAAAUAAAUGAAUCAAGUACAUUAAGAAAUUACAUUCUACAAUUAUAUUGUAUAUUUGUGUGAAUUUAUCGCACUUAAUGCCAGUUUAUUCAAAUAAAUUAGAAAUAAAUUUAGUAAAUUAUAAAUAAUCAAAAUAAAAUAGAGAAAAGAAUGUAAAAUAACUAGAAAAAAAAAUGGAGAAAAUUUUUUUAAAAAUUCAGUUAUUGAGAUUAUUUUACACGUACUAGAGUAAUACUAAAUACGAAUGGGAUCUGCGUAAUUUGAUAGAAUGAUUAAAGAGUUAAUUGACUGUAUCGAGUGGAAAAAAGCCCGAAUUUACAACGUCUCGUGUGCCAAUAGCUUUAAAUCGAUACAGUUAGUGUGAAUGAAUGGCAUUUAUUGGUACGUAAAAAUAUAUCAGAAAAUAAUAUCAUGUAAGAUGUCCAAGAGCGUAUAUAUUCAAUAAGUUUGUUACAAGAUCGAUGAUUAUGAAAAUUUCAAUUUUAGAAAACGAAAGAAUUUUAUAAUUAUUUAAGUAAUUUCUGAAGAGACUAAUUAUAAAAAAUUGUAAUAAUGAAUAAUGUACUACGUGAUCGAGUAAUAUUAUUUCUUUUUUUUUUUUUUGAAGAACUUAUGGGCAUGAAUGAAAAUGUUGCAUGAUGUAUUAUAUUAUGAGCGAUUGUUAAAUAAGCAACGUUACUCUAAUCCAGAAGUAUAUAAAUAAAAAACUCAUUAGACAUGUAUAUAAAUAAUAUAUACACUACAUAUAACAUUUUAUAAACAUGGUGAAGAUGUAGCAUAUCCUAAGAUAUUAAACAAAGAAAAAAGUAACAUACGAAAUGA